AUGUGGAAUACAUUAGACCCAGAAAUAUUAAGACUUCGGCUGCUUUUAGAGCCACAUUUUUUGGAGAUGAUACAUCAAACUCAUCCAGAGCUUGCAGAUGCAGCUGUCAAUGAUCCUGAAACAUUUAAAAAAAUGGUACAGAAUUUGUACAUGAGCAAGGAAAACCUUGAGAUUGAGAGGCAGAGAGAAAUUAGUGCACUAAACGCUGAUCCAUUGAAUGUUGAAGCACAAGCAAGGAUUGAAGAAAUUAUACGCCAAGAAGCAGUGAUGGAGAACUUAGAGAACGCCAUGGAGUAUCAUCCCGAAAGUUUUGGUCGUGUAACAAUGCUUUACAUAAAUGUUGAGAUUAAUAAACAUAAAGUAAAGGCAUUUGUUGAUUCAGGGGCACAGAAUACUAUAAUGAGUCCAUCAUGUGCAAAAGCGUGUGGAAUUAUGCAUUUAAUUGAUAAACGGUUUUCUGGUAUAGCUAAAGGGGUAGGCAUGGCAAAUAUCAUUGGACGUGUUCAUAGUGCCCAGAUUAAAGUAGGGCCAUUAUUUUUAGCAUGUAGCUUUACAAUUAUAGAAGGAAAAGAUAUCGAUAUUUUAUUUGGACUUGAUAUGCUUAGAAGUCAUCAAGCAUGCAUAGAUUUAAAAAAAAAUGCUCUUAUUAUUAACGACGCUAUUAUUCCUUUUUUAUCAGAAUCUGAACUCCCUGAUAGUGCUAAAGUGGAUGCGAUUUAUGUUCCUGAACCGGGAUCUUGCGAUAGACAGUCUAAAAUUACUAGUACUGUAGAACAGCCAGCAAUUCAGGGCAGCAGUUGUGUUCCUGAUUAUUUAAAUCAUAAAGAACAAUCAAAAUUUCCCGAAAAAGAUAUCCGUCAGCUUGAAGCUUUAGGAUUUUCAAGAGAAGAAGUAAUACAAGCGCUUGAAGCAGCUGAUGGCGAUGUUUCUAUGGCUGCUAAUUUUUUAUUUUGA